AUGUCAUCUACCAGUGAUUCUAGUCCAGGAAAUUGGAUUACCGGAAGUUACACAGGCGACAGCAAUGGUGUACGAAUCACAAUCGCGACCUUCGUCGGUGUCGCAUGGUACAACGUGAUUGAACUGAUCGUACUGAUCUUCCUCACCUUCAAACGAUAUGAGGGUCCCUAUUUUUGGAGCAUGUUGAUAGCCAGCGUGGGCAUUUUGCCAUACUCCGUCGGUUAUCUGAUCAAAUUCUUCGAUCUCACAUCUGCAACAUGGGUCCCGGUCACACUAUUAACGAUUGGCUGGUGGACGAUGGUGACUGGUCAGUCAUUCGUGCUGUACUCACGACUUCAUCUGAUCAUUCAAAAUAUGCGCGUGCUGCGUUAUGUGCGGACUAUGAUCAUCACGAAUAUCUUCCUGCUGCACGUGCCCACGACGGUGCUCACGUAUGCGGCUAAUUUCUCCAAUUCGCAAACUUGCGUCGAUGGCUACGAUAUUAUGGAGAAGUUGCAGUUGACGGGAUUCUGUGUGCAGGAAGUGAUUAUCUCUGGCUUGUACAUGUGGGAGACAAAUCGCAUGCUGCGCACGAAUCAAGAUCAUGUUAGUCGCAAGACAAUCAUGCAGCUGCUCGCUGUCAACGUCUCUUGUAUUCUCAUGGAUAUUGCGUUGAUGAUUAUCGAGUUUAUGAAUUUCUAUAUUUACCAGACAACUCUCAAGGCCACGCUGUACAGCAUCAAACUGAAACUCGAAAUUGCUGUCUUGGGGAAGCUGGUCAACAUCGCUCACCAGCAUAUGUGGAGAACCUCAUCUUUCAAUGUUGCCGGUGGGCAGUAUCCAUCGUUUGUUGACCCGAGCCGUGCCCUGCAUGAUUUCAACCACGCAGAUUCGAUGGCUACCAGCUCGGGUUCUAAGGGUCGUGUGUCUGGAACUGAAGCCAUGGAAUCCGACCUUCGAGUAGCGGCUUGA